AUGGAAAGUUUAAUUUCUAAGAAAUCUCCUCUUCUCCAUCUCUCUCUCUCUCUCUCUCUCUUCCCCUCACCUUCCAACUUCCACAACCGCCAUCCAAAGCCGCCACCAAUCAAAACCCUAAACCUCACAGCCACCUCCUCACCCAUCAAUUCAACCACCUCUUUCAACCAUAUCUCCACCGCCACAACCACCUCCUCUCCUUCUCCUCAACACUCGGCGAGAUCUCCGGCCUCACUGCUACGACUUCGUCGUCGUCGACAAGGAGCACGACAAUGGCGUCGUGUCCCAAGCUCUCCCAGCCUCUACGCCUUGGCUGCGGCUCAAACCCCCUCCAUUCUUCACUUGCUCGAGACCUCCGUAGCUUGGGCCAAGAAAUCUAUAGAUCUGGACUCACAAGGCAUCAUGUUCCGCCUGAUCGAAUCUUCCCAAGGCUGGAUUGGAGUGGUCGAACUAUUCACAGUUGAUUGUUCUUGGCCCAGAUCAUGGUUUUGUGGUGGGACUAUUUUCUGGUGGGGUUGGAGUGGUGGUGGUGAAGGUGGCUUUGGGUUGGAUGGUUGUUGUGGUAUCAUGAUUGCACACCUUGCUGUGCCGAUCUUUGCCGCCGGAGGCCCUCGAGACGCGGAUGAUGCGGGAGUGGUGCCACCAGCGGAGGCGGUUGUCGGCGUCUGCAGUGGCAGCCCUCUUGAGCAUAACACCAGCGCUGACGUUAGCGCCCUCGGGCUGAAGCCCAGGCGAAAGUUGCCCUUGGGCCUGCCCGGACUGGUUUGGGUGAGCGCUGGACUUGCUCUUAGUAGGCCCCUGUGGUCAAGAUUGAAUGGGGUUGGUUUAGUCUAUUCAGUGGAGGCAAGGUGUGACAUCCCUGUUACAUCUGUUGUAUUUCAUGUGGCUGGUCAUGAGCUGGUCAGUAUCACUGGCUGCCAAAAGAGAAACCUCCCCUGCCAGGACCGCACCGGCUACGAUUCUGGCCAAUUGCCUUGUGUUUGCACCGGGGGACUCUCUGUUCGCACCCUUCACACCCAGUAG